ACAGCAGCAAGAACAAACAACAACAACUGAGCAACAACAACAACUGACAUUGUCAUCGUUUGAAUCUGACGUUGAUGAUGAGCAUAACUUGUCUGCUUCCGCUGAGCCAACAGCAACAGCAGCAACAACUACCAGCAAAACAACGUUGCUCUCCACGCAUAUUACGCCAGAUAGUUUGCAUUAUGAAGAUGUGCAGCCGCCUGUGCAUCAAAUAUUUGACAAUAGUUGUAGCAGCAAUAGCAACCAGACUGAUGCUGACCAAGUAUCUGAAAUUUUGCCAAACUCAACGACUGCUGCUGGCUCCAAAUUAUUAUUGUCGGCGUCGAGUCCGAACCCUGCUGGGUCAACAGCAGCAACAAAACCAGAAACAGCAGAAGCAGUAACAGCAUCAGGAACAACAGCAGCAACAUCACCGCAUGUCACUGCAGUUGCUGUCAGCGCUUUAACAGCGGGCGCCACACCAACAACAACAACAGCAACAGCAAUAACAAUGGCCCAAAAGACGACAGCAGCAAAUCGCGAUUAUGACGAUGAUGACGAGCACAACGACAGCAGCAAGGACCUGGCUGAGAUUGGAGAGCGCAAAGAGAGUGGGGAGGCACAGGAGCAGAAGCAGGAGCAGGAGCACGAGAUGGCUGUAAGGCCGCGAGCAAGUCAAAAGCGUGCAGCACAAGCGACACAAUCGCGAAAUCCCAUCAGACGCGCUCAUAGCGAAAGGCAUUUGUCUGCCCCGAACAGCGCUUCCACUCUCUCUGUGACCAACCACGACAACAGCAUUGGCAAGGCGAGGCCACAGCAUGGCCAGGCUGUGUCGCAGGCUAGGCCCAUGUCUGCGCCAACGAAUGUCAUUUUAAAUUUUAAGGAUACAAUGGCGCUGCGCAUAAAAAGCAACCGCAACGACUCGAGAGAUUUAUUUCAAAGGCGGCCAACGGAACCGCCACCACCGCCCCCAAAGCAGCUACAGCAACAGCAACAGCAGCAGCAUACCCCAAAGACGGAGACGACCGCAAACGCAAACGGAUUAGAGAAGAAGCAGCAUCAGCAGCAGCAGCCGCAGACGAAGCCAGCGCCACAACCACACCAAAUCAAUAAGUCAACUGGUCCCCAGCAGCAACAGCAGCAGAGGACUGUGGUGCGAGUGGCGCCUUUCAACAAGCAAAGCGACGGCGGCCACGAGGUACAUCGUUUGAAAAUCUCGCACAGCGAACAGGACGAGCAUCCUUUGCUGCUUCUCCUGGAUCACACUGCCAUGCUGCGCUCACCCUGCUCAAGGAACGCUCAAGGAUACUCCGAGCUUGACGUAGAUGUGGCACCGAAGAAAACAUCGAUAUUGAUUAACGGUGACGAUUGCUAUUCCACAAUGAAUCUCAGCACCGAUGCCGCCCAACCACUGUACCAAUCCUCCGUUGUGGUCAACAGCCAGACGGCGAACAGUGUUUGCAUCAGUGUGAGCAGCGCAGAGGAGCUCAUCCAGCAGCACAAUCUGCUCAACACUCUGCGUAGUCAGCAGCAACAGCAGCAGCAACAGCAGCUGGCAGCCAUUAUACCCAUCCGGAGUAGCAGUAGCAAUGCCAGCGAGUUGCAUCUACAUCGUUCCGCCUCCUGUAUCUCGUCCACGUCGAGCAGCUCGACGUCGAGCAGCAGCAGCUCCAGUGGACGCGGACGCACACUCAUCCGGCUCGAUUAUGACAAGGACAAGGAGUUGCCCAAGGGCGUAAAGGUGGCUGCCACAACAACGACACCGAUUAAUACACCAUCGCCACCGCCGCCGCCACCUGUAAUCAGCUCAACGCCAGCAACACCACCACCGCCAGCAUCGCCACCGCUGGUGCCGCACGAGAAGGAGCUGUUAAAGAUUUUGCGUAAUCCCGUCGAGGCUGUCAAACGGAAUUUGGUGCCGCAUGUCUGCGGCUUGAGGGUGCCGCCAGUGGACUCGCCACGCAGCAAAAAGAUGCAGGAGUCACCCACCACCAACAAGGAAGAGGCAACACCCGCUAGGGAAUCCCCUAGUAGUAGUGGUAGCUUUAUAGCCAAACUGUUGCAGGAUCCCAUGCUGGGACAGGUGGCCGAUGGAUUGGAGACGGACACGGUAGCGGAGCUGAUUGAGAACUCGCUGCAGAGAUUGCAGCAGACGCGACAAACUGUCGAUAUGAGCGGCACCAAAGAUCACGACGACAUGAGUCGCCUGAUUAGCGUGUCGCUGCAACGGGUGCGCCAGGAGCGACAGCCUGGAACGUCCAAUGCCAAAGAGGAGGAUCGUCUGUCCAAUCGGGGCAGCAUCAGUUCCGCCAACAGCUUCGCCUCAGCCCACAACUAUGAGCUGUUUGACUUUGAGGCCGCCGCCAAUGAAUCCGAUUGCUAUCAGAGCUGCUCCAGCGAACUGGCUGUGGAAGAAUCGGAGCAGGAACAGCAGCAGCAGCAGCAACAGCAGUCGCAGUCGCAUCCGGAUGUGGAUGCCACAACACGCGCCAAAUUCUAUCAGUUACUGGUGGAUGCCACACUUGCGGAGAUUGAGAAUACGCACAGUGCCUCGGAGUCGGAGCAUCAUUACGAGUCAAUUCGCCUCAAUGGGGAUCCGAUUUAUGAGGAAAUUAAUGAGGUGCCACCUCCACUACCAUUGACUGCACCACCACUCAGCGAUGCGGAGCUGGAUAAGAAGUCGGCACGGUCCAUAUUCGAGGGUGCCUCGAAGUAUGAUAUACUCUCGUACCUGGUGGAUGCCAAGGAGCGUGGAUUGGUGCGCGAGGAGAGCUUCGACUACAGCAACAAUCCGAAGAUCAUCGAGGAGGAGGCGAGCGAUACGCUCAGCGAACUGGAGAAGCGUGUCAGCCAUGUCACCAGCAGCAACGAUGAUGCCUGCCAGAGCCUGAAUAUGAUGAGCUCUCUGUCGCCGCCGCCACACAACUUUAUGGCCUGCAGCAAGAGCUGUGGUGGCAGUGAUGUGGAACGCCAGGAUUCAGGCGUUGGUUCCGAGACGAGCAAAUCCUCGCGCAGCAAAUACCAGCCAGCGGUGAGUCCUCUGCAUCUGUGCGAGGAUUGCGAUGGCGCCGUCGAAACGCAACUCAGCGAAACGGGUGUAUUAUAUGCGCCACUGGUGUGCCGCAAGUGUGGCAAGAAGCGGGUCGAACGCAAGGAGAUAAUCACCGAAAUUGUGGAGACGGAGGAGAAAUAUGGCCGCGAUCUGCAAAUAAUACUGGAGGAAUUCUGCCAUCCGAUGCUGGUGGCCGGCCUGCUCACCCAGGAGCAGCUCUCCGCAAUCUUCCUCAACACGGAAGACUUGCUCGAGAAUAAUCAGACGCUGGCCGAGCGGAUGCGGGACGCUCUCGACAUAUCGCUGGAGCAGGGCGAUGAUGAUCUGCUCACCGUCAACAUUGGACGCAUCUUCCUGGACUUCACCCAAAUGCUGCACGCCUUCGAAAGCUAUUGCGUGCGGCAGGCGGGCGCCAGCCUCCUCCUUGCCAAUCUCGAGAAGGAGAAGGAACUGCUGCGCAUCUUUCUAAAGGUCUCCCAAAUGGAGAAUGCUGUGCUGCGUCGCAUGAAUCUCAACUCGUUUCUCAUGGUGCCCGUGCAGCGUGUGACCAAGUAUCCGUUGCUGCUGGCACGAUUGUACAAGGUGACGCCGUCACAUCUCGAUGGGCGUGAGCUGCUGAAGCAGGCGCAGGAGAAAAUUGAAUUGCAUUUGAAUCACAUCAACCAGGAGGCCAAGGAUGUGCCGACCAAACUCUGGCGCCGCAUCAGCUCAUCCAGUCCGAAUCGGCGCGCCUCCUGUGAAAUUGACAUGAUAAACAUCAAGUUGCGCAAAAUGGCCAUCGACAUACUCGAGUGGAAUCACGAUGAGGUCCGCUUCGCCAUGGAGGGCAAACUGCUCUACAUGCAGCCCACAGACAGCAACUGGAAGAAGGCGCGCACUAUCAAGCUGACCCCACUCAAUGCUCUCCUCGUCACCAAUGGCAAGCCAAGUGCCAAUUAUAGGGAGGAGAAGGCCAUGUCGGAUAAACUGAAUUUCCCGAAGCACACUGGCAUCCGAGAGGCCUCCCUGCUACUAGUGAAGGAGAAGUGCGGACGCUAUACACUGAUACGGGAGCCAUUAUAUCUGGACAGAUGUGUUGUGUGCAGCGAAGCGGAUUGGGAUGAUUAUUUCGAAGUGCAGGAAAUUUCAUCGAAGGACACAUUCAUAUUCAAAGCCGAGGAUGGGGUGCGGACAAAACAGUGGUAUACCCAACUCCAAUAUCACGCCCAGGGUAUGGGGGCGUGGCGUAAGCGACGCAACGCCCUCGCCAACAUAAUGAUCAAUGGGAUGCUUACGCGCACUUAAUCCUACUUAUAAUGAUGAUGAUGAUGAUGAUGAUAACUAUAGAUAUCAAUAACAGUGGGCAGACAACAACAACAACAACAACAACUUGCCACAUAUAGAAUAAGGGGCAAUCAAAAUUAAAUAUACAUACAUAAAAUUUGAUUACGCAAAUGUGCAUUUAAGAAUUGGCCGCUUAAUUUGUAUUGAUGCAGUUAUUAACCAGCAAUUUAAUAAUUAUGAUUUAAGUGAUAUAUACAAUUUAAUCGAACGCUAGUUAGUGUUUAUAUCAAAUACACACCCAUACACAAUAUACAUAUAUACCCACACUAUAUAA